AUGGGUCUUCUUCCGCUCACUUAUACCCGUCCUAAGCAUGUGGACCAGCGAUCCUAUCGAAGCAAUAGCAGCAGCAGCGACUCGCUAUCUGAUGCGGAAAAGACUGAUGGUUCAGUCAACUCUGGUUUCUCUGGAUACUCUAGUGGUAUACCUGAUUCCUUAGCUUUCGACAAUAUCAUCAACGGUGGAACAUGCCCUCCUAUGACCGUUCGCGAUUUCAUGUCUUAUUUGAUCUACGUGGAGCAUGCCGCCGAGAACCUUCAGUUCUACCUCUGGUUCAAAGACUAUGAGAAACGAUUCAACACAAACCCCACGACCGAUAUCAAACUUGCUCCCGAGUGGACCAGGGCCAUGCAGGAUGAGACUAUCAUUAAGAUUCGGAAGGAACAAGUCGAUAAGAUGCGCAAAGAACCCCAGGCUGCAGCGAUCUUCAAGGGAACCGACUUUGAGAAAAAGCUCACUGCCCAGGAUCGAAGUGCGAGCGGUACUAUCGACCCCUUUGCAACACCUCCUCAAAGCAGUGGAGGAGAUGAGGCCUCGAUCUUUACAGCAACAAACACGAUGGGCUCACUUAAUGCAAUGAGCUAUAUGAGUCAAGCCACUGACGCUUUUCAGACUGCUGGUACCCAACAGCCUUUCACUAUCCAACCAUUCCGAGAAGAGAUCAACAGAGUGAUUGUGACUUAUAUUAUGGAGGGAGCUCCCCGACAACUGAAUCUCUCGUCUUCUGAACAGAAGGCAGUUAUUGUAGCACUCUCCAAAACAACACAUCCAAGUGCGUUCCGCAGCGUCUUCAAGACGGUUGACUCAAGUCUUCGCCAUCAGGCCCAUCCCAAUUUUGUGCGAUGGUCAAUUUGCAACGGCAAUCCUGCUCGUGUAUUCUUUGCGCGGUCGCUGGGAGCUGGGCUUAUCGUUGCUGGCAUCGUCGUUGGCCUUAUCCUCACCUUCAGCAGUGCCGGCCGAGGGUACCGGGCGCUAGCAGCAGUUGCUCUUGUUCUCGGUAUCAGCACACUGGUUGCAGCUUACAAAGGCAUGUGUGUUGUUCUCCACGGCAUGCAUCACCGCCAUGUCAGGCCGUGGGAACUGUUUGUCGACAGUGAGAAUAUGGAUGAUUCGAGCAAGCAAAGCUUUGAAUCUUUUGGAUCCAAGAACAGUUACGAGGACGAGCCUUGGGUUGUCAAGUAUGAAAAGCGCAACGUCGUCCGCAAGGUAUUUGACCGAGAAGUCUGGAUCCAAGAGCCAGCGCUUCGACAAAUCCAGGACACCAUUUUUAUUCAGGCGAUACUUGCUUCGGUGCUUAUGGGCGGCGUCAUUACUGCAAUCUUUGUUGCUGUCCCAGGAGGUCAUUUCUUUUAA